AUGACCAUAGAUGGAUCAUCAUUUAUCAGUGCUUAUGAUAUAGGGCUGGCAAUGGGAAUGUACGAGAGCACAUUUGCAUUCUUACGUCAUUGGCAUGAGUUGUUUAAUAUCAAAAACAAUAUUCUGUCGUUGCUUUUCACUGGAUGGUUUCCCGAAAAAGCGGGCCAAACCGAGGCUGUGCCUGACCAAGAGGUUACUAAGGAGCGCGGGACGCUGAAGCGACUGCGGAAUGCUACUCGCCGGGAACUAGGUAUGGUUGCCUCUUCUCUGUUGGGUUUUUGUCAUGGUUUGGGUUUUAGAGAAAGAGAUUCAUUUUUUGUUGCAUUUCUCAAGUCAAGAUGGGGAUUUGUUCGCAUAGCUAUGGAGAAGGGAUGUGAUACAGUGCCAGCUUUUGGCUUUGGUUAUCAACUCAGCAAGAGUCAAGGACAUGAAGUGUUGUCUAAGCAUUGUAGAAGACUAGAUGGAGCUGAAUACCAAGCCAGUGACUUGAGUUUACUCAUUGAGAACACCUUUGUUGAACAUCUUGGUUUGGCAAGAAAGAUCACCAUCACUAAGGAUUCGACAACCAUUAUAGCUGAUGCUGCACCAAAGGAUGAGAUUCAGGCUAGGAUUGCACAGAUUAAGAAAGAAUUGUCUGAGACCGACUCUGUUUAUGAUUCUGAGAAACUUGCAGAAAGAAUCGCAAAGUUAUCUGGCGGGGUUGCUGUCAUUAAGGUAGGUGCUACAACUGAGACCGAGCUUGAGGAUCGUAAGCUUCGUAUCGAGGAUGCAAAGAAUGCAACUUUUGCUGCCAUAGAAGAAGGUAUUGUGCCUGGUGGUUGUGCCGCCUUGGUUCAUUUGUCAGAAUAUGUUCCUCCCAUCAAGGCCAAGCUUGAGGAUGUAGAGGAGCGUCUCGGAGCUGACAUAGUACAAAAGGUACGAGACCAAUAG